AUGCGGGCAAUAGAGUGGUGCGUGUGGUGGCGCACGCGGCUGUUCUGGCUGCCCUACGGCGAUCAGGCCAUUUUCGUGGAGUCCUCGAGACUGCGCCAGAUGGGUGGCUUCGCGAACCAGCCCCUGCUGGAGGACGUGGAUCUGGUGCUGAGGCUCAAGCGGCGUGGCCGGCCGGCCAUCGUGCAGCGCUGCCUGCAGACUUCUGGGCGCAGGUGGGUCAAGACGGGCGUGGGGCUCGCGUUCGUGGCCAACCAGCUCAUACUGCUGGCGUGGGCGCUGGGCAUGGACCCGGGCACCCUGGCGUCGAUGUACUACGGGCGCGGGUGGCAGGGAAAAAGCGGGAGCAAGCCGUCGUCAGAGUAA